AUAAGGCAACUAAAAUAAAACAAAGGAAGCCAAAAGUCUCCGAGCUUUAAACUUCAAACAUCCCCCUUCCUGACUCGCCCAGCUUUCCAUUUUGAUCAUCCAUUUGACCCCCCCCCAAAAACAAAAAACAGACUUUCCAUUUUGGAUUGGAUUGAUGAUAAAUUUCCCUUCUUCUUCUGAAAUUAUCUUUCUUUCUAAUUUUAAAGGGUUUGGCCGUUGGGCUCCUGUUGUGUCGAUCUCUUCUUCCUCUCUCGUUCAUUCUGUUUGUGUGUUUUCAAAUUUCCGUUUAAUUCAGAGAAAUAAAGAAUUCAAAUUGUUAUUAGCAUUAUCAAUUUCGGGUAUUCAGAAGCUCCAACGAUCAGGCGAUUUUCGUCGCAUUGCCAGUGCGUGACAAGUUGGAGAUUUUUCUCCUAAAGUUUCCCUUUUCAUGAUGUCAUUCGUUUCAUUCUAUUCGUACAUUUCAUAAUCCCACCCAUUUAUUUGAUCAAUUUUAUCAAUUUUAUCUUAUUGGCUUCGCUUUUGUUUUGUUCAUUUGUUUAAUUUUAUCCUUAUGUUGUAAAUUGUGAUCAUACAUACAUACAUACAGACAAAGGAUUGGAAGAAUAUUUAUCUUUUAUCUGAGUGAAAGAUAAAAAAUGAAGCUGGUGGUUCAAGUAAUGGGGGCUCGAGAUCUGCCAGCAAUGGAUCUAAACGGGUUAAGUGAUCCGUAUGUGAAGGUGCAGCUGGGAAAGCAGAAGUUCAGGACCAAAGUGGUGAAGAAGACCUUAAACCCAUAUUGGGGAGAAGAGUUUGCCCUGAAGGUUGAGGACCUCAAUGAGGAGCUACUCAUCUCUGUUUUGGAUGAAGACAAGUACUUUAACGAUGACUUUGUUGGGUGUGUCAAGCUCCCUGUUUCCCAAGUCUUCGAUGCCCACAAUAAGUCCCUUGAAACUGCUUGGUACCCUCUCCAACCCAAGAGUAAAAAGUCCAAGAACAAAGAUUGUGGAGAGAUUCUUUUGACGAUACAUUUUUCUCUAAACAAUUCAUUUGCGGACUCAGCUUCGGAGGGUGGUGACAUAGGAUUUGAAUCACCUUCAAGGUCUUUCAGUGGUCCAUCUGAAUCAGCUUCUCCUGUGAGAGUGAGACAAGAAGAAACCGCAACCUUUAAGGAAGAGAAGCUUUGUACGCAGAAGACCUUUGCUGGUCGAAUAGCUCAGAUGUUCAAUAAAAAUCCUGAUACAGUUUCAGCUUCCUCUAGCAGAGUUGACUUGACCGAGCUUGCUGAAACUGCUAAGUCCGAGGUUUAUGAGAGCAGUUCUGAGGAUCAGUCCUCUUCCGCUACAUUUGAAGAACUAAUGAGAACAAUGCAGUCACGAGAUCAAGUGAGUGAAACUCCAAGCAACUUACCAGGAGGAGUGCUUCUAGAUCAAUUGUAUGUCACUCCACCCCAAGACAUAAACACUUUCCUAUUUUCACCAGAUUCAGGUUUUCCAAAAUCACUCGCAGAAGUGCAUGGAACUACAGAAUUGGAAGUAGGACCGUGGAAAUUAGAUAACAGCAGCGAGAGCGUAAAACGAGUAGUUACAUAUGUUAAGGCAGCAACUAAGUUGAUAAAGGCUUGCAAAGCAACUGAGGACCAAGUGUAUCUCAAAGCUGACGGGAAGGUUUUUGCAGUUUUAGCAAGUGUAAGCACUCCCGAUGUUCCGUAUGGGCGCACUUUUAGGACAGAAUUGCUCUACUGCAUUACACCUGGGCCUGAGCUGCCAUCAGGAGAACAAUCUUCACGUUUGGUAAUAUCUUGGCGGAUGAAUUUUCUGCAGAGCACCAUGAUGAAAGGAAUGAUAGAAAAUGGAGCCCGACAAGGUUUAAAGGAUAGUUUUGACCAGUUUGCUACUUUAUUGUCCCAGAAUUUUAAGCCAGUUGAUUCAAAGGAUCUUGGGUCCAAUAAGGACCAGGUUUUGGCAUCACUGCAAGCUGAACCCCAGUCUGAUUGGAAGCUGGCAGUACAAUAUUUUGGCAAUUUCACUGUGGUCUCCACAGUAUUUAUUGGGUUGUAUAUGCUUGUACAUAUUUGGCUUGCCACACCCAGCACUAUUCAAGGGCUGGAGUUUGUUGGGCUUGACUUGCCAGAUUCAAUUGGUGAAUUCAUUGUCUGUGGUGUCUUGGUUCUUCAAGGAGAAAGGGUGCUGGGGUUGAUCUCACGCUUCAUGCAGGCCAGAGCACAAAAAGGCAGUGAUCAUGGAGUCAAAGCCCAAGGAGAUGGUUGGCUACUAACUGUUGCCUUGAUCGAAGGAAGUAACAUAGCAGCUGUUGAUUCAAGUGGGUUCUCUGAUCCGUAUGUGGUGUUUACUUGCAAUGGGAAAACUAGAACCAGCUCAAUCAAGUUCCAGAAAUGCGAUCCCACAUGGAAUGAAAUAUUUGAGUUUGAUGCAAUGGAUGAACCUCCUUCUGUGCUGGAUGUGGAAAUCUAUGAUUUUGAUGGACCUUUUGAUGAAGCUAUCUCUCUGGGCCAUGCUGAAAUCAAUUUUGUAAAAACUAAUAUAUCAGAUUUAGCUGAUCUGUGGGUUCCUCUUCGAGGAAAGUUAGCUCAGGCAUGCCAGUCAAAACUCCAUCUGAGAAUUUUCUUAAAUAACACAAGAGGUGGCAACGUUGCAAAUCACUUUUUAACAAAGAUGGAGAAGGAGGUGGGCAAGAAGAUAACCGUGCGGUCUCCUCAAACAAAUUCAGCCUUUCAAAAACUGUUUGGGCUUCCACCAGAGGAAUUUCUCAUCAACGACUUUACCUGUCACUUGAAACGAAAAAUGCCCCUGCAGGGCCGCCUAUUUCUUUCUGCGAGAAUAAUUGGAUUCCAUGCAAAUUUAUUUGGUCACAAGACAAAGUUUUUUUUCCUCUGGGAGGAUAUAGAAGAGAUUCAAGUUGUUCCUCCUACUCUGUCAUCUAUGGGAAGUCCAAUUGUAGUCAUGACUCUGCGGCCGGGUAGAGGUAUGGAUGCAAGGCAUGGUGCAAAGACACAAGAUGGGGAAGGCAGGCUGAAGUUCCAUUUCCAGUCCUUUGUGUCUUUCAAUGUAGCGCACAGGACAAUCAUGGCUCUUUGGAAGGCUAGAUCUUUGAGUCCUGAGCAGAAGGUGCAAAUAGUUGAAGAAGAAUCUGAAGUCAAGAUCCAAAAUGAAGAGAGUGGGUCUUUCUUAGGCCUUGAUGAUGUCAGCAUGUCUGAGGUUUAUUCUUCUGCUCAUUCAGUUCCUACAAAUUUCUUCGUUGAGCUAUUUGGUGGAGGUGAAUUGGACCGUAGAGUUAUGGAGAAAGCUGGUUGUCUUAACUAUUCUUACACCCCAUGGGAAUCAGAGAAGGGUGAUGUGUGUGUGAGGCAGAUAUAUUACAGAUUUGAUAAACGUGUUUCCCAGUAUAGAGGAGAGGUGACUAGUACUCAGCAAAAGUCCCGCCUUUCUGAAAGAAAUGGUUGGCUUGUUCAAGAGGUCUCGACCCUCCAUGCGGUUCCGCUUGGUGACUAUUUCAAUCUUCACAUUCGAUACCAAAUUGAGGAUUUGCCCUCAAACUCAAAGGGAUGCCAGGUAAAAGUAUACUUUGGGGUUGAGUGGCUCAAAGGCACUCGGCAUCAGAAAAGAAUUACAAAAAAUGUACUAAAGAAUCUGCAAGAUCGCCUGAAAGACACCUUCAGUGUAGUUGAGAAGGAAUUCACAAGAUAGUGGGUGGAUUUGGUGCAUUUCUGGGAUUGUAGGCAUUUGACAUGAAGAGUGCUGUAGAAAAAGCACAAUUUUCCUGAUAUUUCAUCUUUCUAUGGCCAAGUCUAGCAGAAUUGAGCUUGACUGCAUUAUGUCAGCUUGGAGACCAUCCAAAUGUGUGUUUAAACAUUGACUUGCAGGGGUGGUGCAAUAACAUUGGUAUGAUGGAUUUGAAGGUGUAAGCGUGUAUCUAGAUGCUCUUCCGGGUACCGUGGUCCUGGAGUAGAUGAAACAGUGCUUUGUGGCUUUGAGAUAAAAAUGUGGACUAGUUUAGGAUGGGUAUUUGGUAGUUGCGUGGUGGUUGUGAAUAACAGGUGCAGAGAUUAUGCAAUAACGUGGUCAUCAUA